CCCCUGUAUAAAGGCGAUCUGAGGCCUGACGCUCGGCCUCAGUCUCCAGGACAUAGUAUGAUGGACACUCACUCCUGGUUCCUUCUUCCAGUCAAUAAAAGUCGAUAUCUCGCCUUACGUCUCAGUGUGAGUUAUUGAUGGUGCAUCAAUACAAUAACAAACUAGUGUUCAAGGGCUUCUCAGAAAUAUGAUGGCGGAAAGAAAGAAACUGUUCCUAAAACGUUGGGCUUGGGUCCAUGUACCUGCUUCCAAAAGUCGGAACGCAAAGAGGGCAUGUCUCCGACGGCGAGGGCCUGAACUGACGCAUGCUGCAGGCUUGAGGCACCGCCUUUUAAAGAGGUCCAUGAAAGCGAGCAGGGUGUGUCCAUGGAUUGAGUCUACAACCCUCUGUCUGCGGCCUCUUGCAGUCCUGUGUACCGGAGGCCUUCUACCAGGCUUGGUGCAGUCGGAAUACUCUCCACCUUCUUAUUCCACACAACCUGCCUGAAUGAUUGAUGAUGAUGAGGACAGCAUAAUGUCUGGGCACUGGAAUGCCUCUGAAAACUACCCAUUGAACUCAGCCAGCAUCAUAGUGCCCGUCGUCUUCUCCUUAAUAUUCUUGCUCGGGACCAUUGGCAACAGCUUGGUACUGGCAGUGCUGUUCAGAAAUGGCCAGAUGGGCCACAACACAACCAACCUGUUCAUUCUAAACCUGAGUGUGGCCGAUUUCUUCUUCAUCAUAUUUUGCGUCCCAUUUCAAGCCACAAUCUACACGCUGGAGGGCUGGGUCUUUGGCUCAUUCAUGUGCAAGGCCGUCCAUUUCUUCAUCUACCUGGCAAUGUAUGCAAGCAGCUUCACGCUCGCAGCCGUUUCAGUUGACAGAUACCUGGCCAUCAGAUAUCCCCUCCGAUCGCGGGAACUGAGGACUCCCUGCAAUGCUCUGACUGUCAUGGUUGCCAUAUGGGGGCUUUCCAUCAUCUUUGCAGGCCCUUACCUCAGCUACUAUGACCUUAUCCCUUAUGAAUGGUUUUACAUCUGCAUGCCGGCGUGGCAGGAGCCGAGGAGGAAGAUCAUGGACACAUCCACUUUCAUAUUUGGAUAUAUAGUCCCUGUUGCAAUUAUAAGCUUGUCUUAUGCGAGGACCAUCAAGUUUCUGUGGACAGCAGUGGACCCAAUUGAAGACUUAUCCGAGUCUAAGAAAGCUAAGAGAAAAGUGACCAAGAUGAUUAUAAUUGUGACGGUUCUCUUCUGUUUCUGUUGGCUCCCUCACCAUGUGCUGAUCCUGUGCUUCCACUAUGGACACUUCCCCUUCAACCAAGCCACCUACGCUUUAAGGCUGCUCUCCCACUGCAUGGCGUACGCCAACUCCUGCCUCAACCCCAUCGUCUAUGCCCUGGUUUCCAAGCACUUCAGAAAAGGGUUCAAGAAGGUUUUUAGCUGCCUGCUGAGCAAGAAAGGGGUGAAUAAAGUUCACAUGGUUCACGUGGUCAAUAUGGUCACUGGGUCCACGGAUGUCUCACACCUGAAUGAUGAGAACACCCGGCAGCACGGCUGUGAGCUGAGGGACAGGCAGCCCACGAAAGCCCAGGGUAAAGCCAUGACCAUCACCGUGCCCUAUCGACAGACAUCUUGAAAGGGGCAAAGCACCAUGACUGAACUCAUUUGUUAUUGCUUCUCCGUGAAUUCUGUGUACUCAACUUUAUUGUGUAGAGUAUAAGCAUUCCAACCUGGCCCUUGUGUAAGUUAUCGCUGUGGACAAAUAUUGAUUUGGGAUGAGAGAGAAGCAUUCACUCAUUUGCUGAAUGUGUCACAGUAACUCACCGGUGAAUUCUUCUGGGGCUCAUCCAAACCUCUACCACCUCAAACACAGGGGCAGUAGGUCCUUCUGCAGGUUUACUCCAAGUCAUUUAUCCAGACUUGGAAAAGAAUCGCUGAUGGGUUGAGGUCCUGGAAUUCUAACAAAACUAUGGGUGUCACUCCAUUCCCUAUGGUUAUAUGGGGGUGAUUUAUACCACCCUUGAAAGUACUGUCCCCGAAAGUGAUGUUCCCAUCACUUUUCCCAACAUUUUCCAACAUUUUCACAGUUGAAUGUUACAGGUAUAAAUAUUAUUGCAAGAAACAAUUUCUGUUUAGUCACCAUCAUAGGCAGUUUACAGUUAAAAAUAGGUCAAGAACUUAGAAGGGUAUUCCAAGGAACAGUAAUAUGCAGAGGUAAAGGAGAACAUUGCAAAAUGGGGACAUGGACUUCUCAAUUUGUCUGUUUACACAUACUUGAAAAUUAGUGCAAAUUGGCAACACUAGGGAGAUGAUAAAGUUGGAUGUCAAAUAGUAACAGAUGAAAUUCUCCUGUUAAAAAUUGCCCAUUGUUAAAAAAAACGAUUAGGUCUGAUUCUUGAACGUGACCAUUCCCAGGCAACUUUCUGUCUCAAUUCACAAGAUCGUCAUUGCCACUUGGAGGCAGGGAAGCAGCAGUGGAGCAGGAGUGAGCAGAAGCUUAAGAAAACUAAUCAUGGCACAAGUCAUCACCAGGGACCAUGAGGUGAUAAUUAAAUAUUUGCAGCUCCCUAGGUCAAAGCAAUCUUGAACGCCCUUCUUAUUAUAAUUUCCUUUAUUUCCAAUUCAUUACAGCCCCAGAUCUGGGCACAGGGUGGGUGCUGAGAAUUUGCUGCAUUUUUUUAAUGAUCUCCCCCACCCACCUUCAUCAGGUUGCUGCUUUCAACCCCAAUAAUUAUUCACAGCUAAUAAAAUAUUCACACACUGAGCCAACAAUGAAUUAACUUCCAGAUAUAAUCAGCCAGUGCUCCGUCUCCUUGUAAGUCUUUCAAUACAAUGCUCUGUCUUGCUGUGAUGAAGUAAUUUGUGAUUUGCUAAUCCUUUUUCUCCGAGAGGUUUAUGAUAAUGUUACAUCACUGAAACAGCAAGAAGAGAGGAAAAAGAAAAAAAACGUAAGGGAUAAAUGUGGAUGCACCUGUUACUAUAAUAAAUAGACCAGUCUGACUCUCCACUGCAAUUGUUUUUACCCCUCCAUGUUUCCCCCAAAGGAUGGUAGUUCCUUUACACGACACCCACCGGUGUUACACAUUGAGGAGCAAUAAUUUGUUAAUGUCAAUUGCAAUGCUGAACCUACCCAGUGUGGGCAAAUGAUCCCCAAAUUUCCACAGACAUUAGAAACAGAGGGAAUUAAUUUGUUCUGAUAUACAGAUAUAUUUUCUAUCAUAUUUUCUUUUCAAAAACUGAGUUCUUGAAAAGUAUGGUGGGAUUUAUGAGUAAUGUUUCGCUCUGUGUACUUGUAUUUUAAUGUGAACCGUCUUUGACUUUGUGUAGAUAUUAAUUACUUUCUGCUAUUUUGCUACUA